CACGAUACYACCGGCGCGGCAUCUCUAAAACCCAAGCGGUCAAUCCUUCCUAUCGAUCGCCGAAUGAUACCUUUUCGCUCUCACGUUUCCUUGCGAGUCCUGCUCAAACUAGCAGCAACGCUCUCCUCGAUUGUGGUUGCUUGUUGUGGGCGAGGAAUCAAUGGAAGAGCUGUUUCAGGGCGGGGCACAAAGCAAACGCGCUUUUACGCRGUCGAUCGGCCCUUUSAAGGCCGUWUGGAUACCCGGACGGAUGCCUUCCGGACGAAAAUAAAAGAUAUUCCUAGGGGAGGAGACGAUGGUACCGUCGAUGGAAAUGACAGCGACGGCACCGCCGAUAGCGGCACCGGUGACAAAACCUUCGAAAUCCUCGAAGAAAACAUCGUCUACAGCGGAUGGAGGACGAUCAACAAGCGCAUCGUACGAAUGAGGAACGGCAAGGUGGUGGAUUUCGAUCUGGUGGGGGUCAAAACGGGGGAGGGAGCCGUCCUGAUAUUCGCCUGGGAUAGCAAGUCCAAGACCGCUACCAUGAUUCGGGAAUACAUGCCCGCCUCCCACAGGGUGUUGUGGGGCCUCGCCGCUGGAUUGAUCGAGGACAAGCACGAGCACAACACMGAACUAGCGGCGCGCCACGAAUUGGAGGAGGAGUGCCACCUGAAGGGCGGGAGAUGGAUCCCCCUCCUGACCCAGCCAGCGGCAAUGGACAAGUAUUCCACCACCACGAUACAGUGCUACCUCGUGAUCGAUCCGGAACCGGAAGAAAAUCCGAAACCAUUGGACGACGAAGAGGACAUCGAAAUCGUUUCUGGCGUCACUAUACCAGAGAUACUAGAGUUCGUCAGGAAUGGAGAAAUGAAUCUUGUCGGUGGCUAUGGGAGCCUGCUGGCGAUACAAAAAUUGCAAGAACUCGGAGAAUAUCCAUAAAACCAACAUUACAAAAYGUCUUUUGAUAGAAUGACGAAAAGAGCGUAAACUCUGGAAUGCUAGCGUAAUGCAACAGAUCAGAAAAUUCAUAGGAGAAUAUAGGCAAUCAAUUGGG